AUGGUUGGCGCACCACGCUUCACCCAGAAGCCAUCCAUUCAGCAGACACCUACAGUGGGGGGGGGGGGGGGGGGUGAUUUGCUGAUGGAAUGUCACCUCGAGGCGGAUCCACAACCAACUAUCGCCUGGCAACAUUCUGGAAAUCUUCUGGAACCUUCUGGAAGAGUAGUACAGACACUGACUCCGCUGGGAGGAAGUAUGUACAAAGCGACAUUAGUUAUCAAGAAAAGGUGCAAACAGGUGAUAAUAUGUUGCGAAGUUAUGGGGGAAGAAAAGAGAACAAAACACAAAAUUGAAGGGAUUUCAAAUGAUAUAAAAACUAGAGAACAGUCACAUCAGAAUACAAAUCACUUUCACAAUUACAGAAUGUUAUUAGUUACCGUAAAACCUGAACCAAACGCCGGUGAUGGAGGUGCUUACAAGUGCACAGCAAAGAAUCAAUUGGGUGAAUCAAACGCCAAUAUCAAUUUAAAUUUCGCCGGUGCCGGAGGAGAUGAAGCCAAGUCCCGAGGUCCAUCUUUUGUCGGAAAACCACGAAUCAUUCCAAAAGACGGUGGAGCGUUGAUUGUGAUGGAAUGCAAAGUGAAAAGUGCAUCCACACCUGUCGCCAAAUGGAUGAAAGACGGUGUACCAUUGAGCAUGGGCGGUCUUUAUCAUGCAAUUUUUAGUGAUCUCGGAGAUCAAACAUAUUUGUGUCAAUUGGAGAUUAGAGGUCCGUCAUCUUCGGACGCAGGACAGUAUCGAUGUAAUAUUAGAAACGAUCAAGGAGAAACGAAUGCCAACCUGGCACUAAACUUUGAAGAACCAGAUCCAACCGAAAGGCAAGAAAGAAAACGAUCGACUGCUUCACCAAGACCGUCGUCCCGCGGUCCAGGGAGUCGUCCAUCUUCCCCGAAAAAAUCAAUGAAAUCAAGGGAAGGAACACCAAAAAGAACAUUGAAACCAAGAGAGGGCUCACCAUCAAAGAAGUUACGGUCCCGAACUUCCACCCCCGUGAACGAAGAAGCAUCUCAAUCGGAGUCCCGCCGAUCGAGUAGAACAGACAAAAUGGAAGUAGAUCAAGUAUCUGGAGCAGCAAAACGGAAGCCGGAUGGUCUCCCACCACCAGGUGGAGACGAAAAGAAACUUCGAGCUGGUAGUCCCUCCGCAAGAAAGUCUCCAUCCAGAAAGAGUGCCUCUCCAACGCCUUCAAGAAAAGCCAGCGGGGCGGGAGGAGCAACAGGAGCAUCCGGAUCUGCAACUACUACUACAACCACAUCUAAUACAACAACUACAACAUCCUCCACAUCGUCUCAACAGGUCCACGAAUCCUCGCGUGACAAAUACACGAGGCCGCCAAUCGUUCUUGAAGCCAGUAGGUCCCAGACUGGCCGAAUUGGUGGAUCUGUCGUUUUGGAGGUCCAAUGGCAAUGCCAUUCUUCUACCAUCAUCGAGUGGUACAGAGAUGGAAAAUUGGUCAGAAAUUCUUCCGAAUAUUCACAGUCGUUCAACGGAUCCAUUGCUAAAUUGCAAGUGAACAAUUUGUCUGAAGAAAAAUCAGGUCUCUAUAAAUGUCAUGCCAAAUGUGACUAUGGAGAUGGACAAAGUAGUGCAAUGGUCAAAGUCGAACAAUCUGGUGAGUCUUUUUUGACUGGAAAAAAAUUAACUGCUGAAAAUCAGUGGUGGUUCAGAGAACUGAUUUCGGCUUCUGGUACAAGAUGCCCGCAAUUCUACUUCCGGUUUGACCUAAAUUAUCUUUCGCAUUUUUCAGAUGUGGAAGAAGAACUCAUGAAGCACAGAAAAGAUAUGGAAGAUGAAUACCAAAAAGAGGAAGAAGACAGAAGAGUGUCCCAGACCCUACAGGCUGAAACCAAGAAGCGAGUGGCCAGAAGAAGCAAGUCGAAGAGUAAAAGUCCAGCACCACAAGCCAAAAAGACUGCCACUUCUGAAAGCAUGCGUUCCGAAGCUUCUGAAGGCGAACAGAAGAGAAGUUCCAGUGUUAGACCGGAUCCAGAUGAGAUGAACUACACGCCUGGAUCGUAUCUCCAGAAUCUUCUGAAGAGAUCGGCAAGCAACGAAGGCUCUGAUCAUAAUAACGGCGCAUCUUCAUCUUCAGCUUCACGUCGUCUACCUCCUCGUCCACCAUUCGAACCAUCUCAUUCAACUGCUUCGAAUCCUUCAUCGUCUUCUAAUUCUCCUCGUCGAAUGUUCAACCUCCGAUCAGUCUCAGAUCGACAAGGUGCGGCUCGUACGAAUGAUCAAACUCCGAAUCCAUUGAAUAAAAAUUCUUCUGGGCAGGAUCUUCACAAAAUCUCACAGAUCCAUGCAUUUAUACUUUCUAAAAUGCCAGAAGGAGAAGAAUCUCAGUUGGACGAGAUCCCAAGUUCGGGUCUGACGAUCCCAGAGGAGCGCCGUCGAGAAUUAUUGGGUCAGGUCGGAGAAAGUGACGACGAGGUAUCCGAGUCGAUAUCCGAACUUCCAUCAUUCGCCGGAGGAAAGCCUCGCCGCAAGACUGAUAGUCAGUCUAGUCCUCCAAAGCAGGACGAGAUGUUCUCUCGCGACACUGUUCUUCGUAAAACUACUACAUCAACACGAAAUGAAUCGAAUACUGUAGAGGUGUGCCUUUUCAAUGUCUGUUUUUCAUUUUUAUGUCUUUUUGUCCCAUUUCAGGAGAAGACAAAACUUCGCAAAACUGUCAAGAAGGCCGAUGGCGAACUCGAUUUCAAAGCCAUGGUUAAGUUGAAAAAAGUGAAGAAAGAGGAAGGAGGAACCGCUGACAAACCGGGCUUCCCACUUGACCGAACCGAUUCCACAUCAUCUGUACUAUCCCAGGAUUCUAGGUCAAGGCGCGGAUCCACUUCUCUUUUCUCAAAAGAUGGCCAUCCCGAGCAAGCGGGAAAUCCGUUUGCACAACUCAAAAAAGUAAAAACUGGUGCAGGAGGAUUGGAAAAAUCCGAUUCGACGGCUAGUAUGAAGAAGCUUGAGUUGAAAAAGGGGAAGGUUGAAGAGAAUUCGGACGGUGCAUUCAAAGUACAACUUAAGAAAGUUGUGAAGAAAGAAGUGAAAGAGUCAUCGAUCAGUGUAAAAGAAAAGAAUGGCACCGAAUCAGGAAUCAAAACCGAAUUCAAAAUGGAAAAACGAGAACGGACCACUUUGCAAAAAUACGAGAAAACUGAUAGCAAUGGGUCCAAGAAGGAGGAUAAACCCAAAAAAGUCAGUAUUGCUCCAGUGGCAACGAGUACUUCAAGUGAUGAGCCGACAACUCCACGAGUAAGAGACAAAACGACAUUAGAAAAAGAGUUUCGCAUGCACCACGAAAAAGUAGAAGAGAAGUCGAAAUCAGAAGAGCUGAAAUCAAAAGUUGGUGGUCGUCAGGUCGGACAAAAACGAAAUGGAGCCGCCCCUAAACCAGAAGAGCCCAAGAAUCUUCUGUCGCAGAUUCAAUUGAAGAAAGUGACAAAGAAGGCUCAAGAGGAGACGAAUGAGUUGGAGGGAAUCAAGCUGAAGAAAGUACCUGGCGUCCCAAAACACGUGGCCGAUGAUGAGAGUCAAUCAGAAUCCGAGUCACGACGUGGAUCUGUCUUCGGAGAAUUCCGACGCGGAUCUCGAGCUCCGAGAGACUCAGCAGAUAAUUCUCGCAGAGACUCAAUUAGACGCUCUAGUAUCGACAUGAGACGUGAAUCUGUUCAAGAAAUUCUUGAAAAGACGUCGACACCGCUCGUCCCAAGCGGUGCAUCAGGCAGUGCUCCCAAAAUCGUCGAAGUCCCAGAAAAUGUCACAGUUGUUGAGAACGAAACCGCCAUUCUAACAUGUAAAGUGUCGGGUAGUCCCGCCCCCACUUUCAAGUGGUUCAAAGGAAGUCGUGAAGUGAUCAGUGGAGGAAGAUUCAAACAUAUCACUGAUGGAAAAGAACAAACUGUGGCACUGGCCUUGCUCAAGUGCAGAUCUCAGGAUGAAGGUCCCUACACCCUGACGAUCGAAAAUGCACACGGAACCGAUUCUGCUGAUGUGAAGCUGUUGGUCACAUCUGACAACGGACUCGAUUUCCGAGCCAUGCUGAAACACAGGUAUUCUUAUUUUUUCCGGUUAUGGAUUUUAGAAUCCCAAGCCGGCUUCCAAAAAGAUGGAGAAGGAGGCGGCGGAGGCGGUGGAGAUAAGAAGCCAAUGACUGAAGCUGAGAGAAGACAAUCCCUCUUCCCUGGAAAGAAAGUCGAGAAAUGGGAUGUUCCGUUGCCGGAUAAGACUGUUCAGCAACAGGUCGACAAAAUUUGCGAGUGGAAGUGUACCUACUCGCGUCCAAAUGCCAAAAUUCGUUGGUACAAGGACAGAAAAGAGAUCUUUUCCGGAGGUCUCAAAUACAAGAUCGUCAUCGAGAAGAACGUGUGCACACUGAUUAUCAACAAUCCAGAAGUAGAUGAUACCGGAAAGUACACCUGUGAGGCUAACGGAGUACCAACUCAUGCUCAGCUGACUGUACUUGAACCACCAAUGAAGUACAGUUUCCUGAAUCCGUUGCCGAAUACUCAAGAAAUCUACCGUACCAAGCAAGCUGUGCUCACUUGCAAAGUUAACACCCCACGUGCUCCAUUGGUAUGGUGGAGAGGAAGUAAACAAAUUCAAGAAGAAGAUCCAAGAUUCAUCAUUGAGAAAGAUGCCGUCGGUCGUUGUACUCUUACCAUCAAGGAAGUUGAGGAGGACGAUCAAGCUGAAUGGACGGCUAGAAUCACUCAAGAUGUCUUCUCUAAAGUUCAAGUAUACGUCGAAGAGCCACGUCACACAUUCGUCGUUCCAAUGAAGUCUCAGAAAGUUAACGAAAGUGAAUUGGCGACUUUGGAGACUGAUGUGAACGAUAAGGAUGCUGAAGUUGUUUGGUGGCACGAUGGAAAGAGAAUUGACAUUGAUGGAGUUAAAUUCAAGGUUGAAUCUGCUAACAGAAAGAGAAGACUUAUCAUCAAUGGAGCCAGAAUUGAAGAUCACGGAGAAUACAAAUGUACCACCAAGGAUGACAGAACAAUGGCCCAACUUAUUGUUGAUGCUAAGAACAAGUUCCUUGUCGCUUUGAAGGACACUGAAGUGAUUGAAAAGGAUGAUGUCACGUUGAUGUGUCAAACCAAGGACACCAAAACUCCUGGAAUCUGGUUCCGUAAUGGAAAACAAAUCUCAAGUAUGCCAGGUGGAAAAUUCGAAACUCAAUCCAGAAACGGAACACAUACUCUCAAAAUUGGAAAGAUUGAGAUGAACGAAGCCGAUGUCUACGAAAUCGACCAGGCUGGUCUUCGUGGAUCUUGUAAUGUGACAGUUUUGGAGGCAGAAAAGAGGCCAAUCAUCAAUUGGAAGCCAAAGAAAAUUGAAGCUAAGGCUGGAGAACCAUGUGUUGUCAAAGUUCCAUUCCAGAUCAAGGGAACUCGUCGUGGAGAUCCAAAAGCACAGAUUCUGAAGAAUGGAAAGCCAAUCGAUGAGGAAAUGCGUAAAUUGGUUGAAGUCGUGAUCAAGGAUGAUGUGGCUGAGAUUGUUUUCAAGAAUCCACAAUUGGCCGACACCGGAAAAUGGGCACUCGAACUUGGAAACUCUGCUGGAACUGCUCUUGCUCCAUUCGAGUUAUUCGUCAAGGACAAACCAAAGCCACCAAAGGGACCACUUGAGACCAAGAAUGUCACUGCUGAAGGACUCGAUCUCGUCUGGGGAACACCUGAUCCAGACGAGGGAGCUCCAGUCAAAGCCUACAUCAUUGAAAUGCAAGAAGGCAGAAGUGGAAACUGGGUCAAGGUUGGAGAGACCAAGGGAACAGAUUUCAAGGUCAAGGAUCUCAAGGAACACGGAGAAUACAAGUUCCGUGUCAAGGCUCAAAACGAGUGUGGACUAUCGGAUCCACUCACCGGAGAGUCAGUUCUUGCCAAGAAUCCGUAUGGAGUUCCAGGAAAACCAAAGAACAUGGAAGCCAUCGAUAUUGACAAGGAUCAUUGCACUUUGGCUUGGGAAGCACCAGAAGAAGAUGGAGGUGCUCCAAUAACUGGAUACAUCAUUGAACGACGAGAGAAAUCUGAAAAGGAUUGGCACCAAGUUGGCCAGACCAAACCAGAUUGCUGUGAAUUGACAGACACGAAGGUUGUUGAAGAUAAGGAGUACUUGUACCGCGUAAAGGCUGUCAACAAAGCAGGACCAGGAGAUCCAUGUGAUCAUGGAAAACCAAUUAAGAUCAAGGCGAAGAAGGCCGCUCCAGAGUUCACUGGAGGAGGAAUCAAGGAUCUUCGUCUCAAAGUUGGAGAAACAAUCAAGUAUGAAGUUCCAAUUUCUGGAGAGCCACUUCCAGACUGCACUUGGAUUGUCAAUGGAAAACCACUGAAGGCUGUUGGAAGAGUCAAGAUGUCUUCAGAGAGAGGAAAGCAUGUCAUGAAGAUCGAAAAUGCCGUUCGUGGAGACUCUGGACAAUAUACCAUCACUCUCAAAAACUCUUCGGGAACUUGUGAUUCAACGGCAACUGUCACUGUUGUUGGAAGACCAACCCCACCAAAGGGACCACUCGAUAUCACAGACGUCUGUGCCGAUGGAGCUUCUCUUUCAUGGAAUCCACCAGAGGAUGAUGGAGGUGAUCCGCUUACUGGAUACAUCGUUGAGGCUCAGGAUAUGGAUAACAAAGGAAAGUACAUUGAAGUUGGAAGAGUUGAUCCAAAUACCACGAAUCUCAAAGUGUCCGGACUUCGUAACAAGGGCAACUAUAAGUUCCGUGUCAAGGCAGUCAACAACGAAGGAGAAUCAGAACCACUCUCUGCCGAUCAAUACACUCAGAUCAAGGAUCCAUGGGAUGAACCAGGAAAGCCAGGACGUCCAGAGAUUACCGACUUCGAUGCGGACAGAAUCGAUAUUGCUUGGGAGCCACCACACAAAGAUGGUGGAGCUCCAAUAGAGGAAUACAUCGUUGAAGUUCGUGAUCCAGACACUAAAGAAUGGAAGGAGGUCAAACGUGUCCCAGAUACGAAUGCUUCGAUCACUGGUUUGAAGGAAGGAAAGGAGUACCAAUUCAGAGUUAAAGCUGUUAACAAAGCAGGACCUGGACAACCAUCCGAACCAUCCGAGAAACAACUUGCCAAGCCGAAAUUCAUUCCGGCCUGGUUGAAACACGACAAUCUGAAGUCUAUCACCGUGAAGGCUGGAGCCACUGUUCGUUGGGAAGUGAAGAUCGGUGGAGAACCAAUUCCAGAAGUCAAAUGGUUCAAGGGAGAUCAACAUCUUGAAAACGGAAUUCAACUCACCAUCGAUACUCGCAAGAACGAGCAUACUAUCCUUUGCAUUCCAUCUGCAAUGCGUUCUGACGUUGGAGAGUACCGUUUGACAGUGAAGAACUCUCAUGGAGCUGACGAAGAAAAGGCGAAUUUGAUUGUUUUGGAUAGACCAAGCAAACCGAAUGGACCACUUGAAGUGUCAGAUGUCUUUGAGGACAAUCUCAAUCUUUCAUGGAAACCACCAGAUGAUGAUGGAGGUGAGCCAAUCGAAUAUUAUGAAGUCGAGAAGCUCGAUACCGCCACUGGAAGAUGGGUUCCAUGUGCCAAGGUUAAGGACACCAAGGCUCAUAUUGAUGGUCUCAAGAAGGGACAAACCUACCAGUUCCGUGUGAAGGCUGUCAACAAAGAAGGCGCUUCCGAUGCUCUUUCUACUGAUAAGGAUACCAAGGCCAAGAAUCCAUAUGAUGAGCCAGGAAAGACUGGAACUCCAGAUGUUGUUGACUGGGAUGCUGAUCGUGUUUCUCUUGAAUGGGAACCACCAAAGUCGGAUGGAGGUGCUCCAAUCACCCAGUACAUCAUUGAAAAGAAGGGAAAACAUGGAAGAGAUUGGCAAGAGUGUGGAAAAGUGUCUGGAGAUCAGACGAAUGCUGAAAUUCUUGGGCUCAAAGAAGGAGAAGAAUAUCAAUUCCGCGUCAAGGCCAUCAAUAAGGCUGGUCCAGGAGAAGCAUCUGAUCCAAGCAGAAAGGUUGUUGCUAAGCCAAGAAACUUGAAGCCAUGGAUCGACAGAGAAGCCAUGAAGACCAUUACAAUCAAAGUUGGAAACGAUGUGGAAUUCGAUGUUCCAGUACGUGGAGAACCACCACCGAAGAAGGAAUGGCUCUUCUUGGAGAAGCCAGUCGAUGAUCAGAAGAUCAGAGUAAGUUUCUUAAUUUCAAACUUUUUGAAUCAAACUCUAAACUCUAAAUCUAAUGAGGACUACAAAACGCGUUUUGUUCUCCGUGGAGCCACACGUAAACAUGCUGGACUCUACACUCUCACAGCGACCAACGCUUCUGGAUCUGACAAACAUUCUGUUGAAGUUAUCGUUCUCGGAAAACCAUCCAGCCCAUUGGGUCCAUUGGAAGUCACCAAUGUCUAUGAGGACCAUUGCGAUUUGGAAUGGCAAGUUCCAGAAGACGACGGAGGUGCUCCAAUUGAUCAUUAUGAAAUCGAAAAGAUGGAUAUGGCGACUGGAAGAUGGGUUCCAUGUGGAAGAAGUGAAACUACUAAGACAACUGUUCCAAAUCUCCAACCAGGCCAUGAAUAUAAAUUCCGUGUCCGUGCAGUGAACAAGGAAGGAGAGUCGGAUCCAUUGACGACCAACACUGCCAUCCUUGCCAAGAAUCCAUACGAAGUUCCAGGAAAGGUUGACAAGCCAGAACUGGUUGAUUGGGAUAAGGAUCAUGUCGAUUUGGCAUGGAAAACACCAGACGACGGAGGUGCUCCAAUCGAAGCUUUUGUCAUUGAAAAGAAAGACAAGAACGGAAGAUGGGAAGAAGCACUUGUUGUUCCAGGAGAUCAGAAUGCUGCUACAGUUCCAAACUUGAAGGAAGGAGAGGAAUAUCAAUUCAGAAUCUCUGCUCGUAACAAGGCUGGAACCGGAGAUCCAUCUGAUCCAUCUGAUCGUGUCAUUGCCAAGCCACGCAACCUCGCUCCACGCAUCCAUCGUGAGGAUCUAUCUGAUACCACCGUCAAGGUCGGAGCUGCUCUUAAAUUCAUCGUUCACAUCGACGGAGAGCCAGCACCAGAUGUUACUUGGACCUUCAAUGGAAAAGGAAUCGGAGAGAGCAAGGCUCAAAUCGAAAAUGAACCAUACAUUUCAAGAUUCGCUUUGCCAAAGGCACUUCGUAAACAAAGUGGAAAGUAUACCAUCACUGCUACAAACGUUAAUGGUACCGAUAGUGUCACUAUUGAUAUCAAGGUCAAGAGCAAGCCAACGAAGCCAAAGGGACCAAUUGAAGUCACAGAUGUUUUCGAAGAUCGUGCCACUCUCGACUGGAAACCACCAGAGGAUGAUGGAGGAGAGCCUAUCGAGUUCUAUGAGAUCGAAAAGAUGAACACGAAGGACGGAAUCUGGGUUCCAUGUGGACGAAGUGGUGAUACUCACUUCACAGUCGACACUCUCAACAAAGGAGAUCACUACAAGUUCCGUGUGAAGGCAGUCAACAGUGAAGGAGCAUCUGAACCAUUGGAGACUGACACCGACAUCUUGGCCAAGAAUCCAUUCGAUCGUCCAGAUAGACCAGGACGUCCAGAGCCAACUGAUUGGGAUUCGGAUCAUGUUGAUCUUAAAUGGGAUCCACCACUUUCUGAUGGAGGUGCUCCAAUUGAAGAGUACCAGAUUGAGAAGAGAACCAAAUACGGAAGAUGGGAACCAGCUAUCACUGUUCCAGGAGGUCAAACCAAGGCCACCGUUCCAGACUUGACACCAAACGAGGAAUACGAAUUCCGAGUUAUCGCUGUCAAUAAGGGAGGACCUUCCGACCCAUCGGAUGCCAGUAAGGCAGUCAUUGCCAAGCCAAGAAACUUGAAGCCACACAUUGACCGUGAUGCUCUCAAGAACUUGACUAUCAAGGCAGGACAAUCUAUCUCAUUCGACGUUCCAGUAUCUGGAGAACCAGCUCCAACUGUCACAUGGCACUGGCCAGAUAACAGAGAAAUCAGAAAGGGAGGACGUGUCAAGCUCGACAAUCCAGAUUAUCAAUCCAAAUUGGUUGUUAAACAAAUGGAGCGUGGAGACAGUGGAACCUUCACAAUCAAGGCUGUCAACGUGAACGGAGAAGAUGAAGCAACUGUCAAGAUUAAUGUCAUUGACAAGCCAACUCCACCAAACGGACCAUUGGACGUUCUUGAUGUUCACGGUGAUCAUGUCACUUUGGACUGGCGUGCACCAGACGAUGAUGGAGGCAUUCCACUCGAAAACUACGUCAUUGAAAAAUACGAUACAGCCAACGGAAGAUGGGUUCCAGCUGCUAAGGUUCCCGGAGAUCAAACCACGGCUGUUGUCGACGGAUUGAUUCCAGGACACGAGUACAAGGUAACUCCCCAGUCAAUAUUGUACAUCCUUCAUAUCGUAAUGUUUCAGUUCCGUGUCGCCGCCGUCAACGCUGAGGGAGAAUCAGAACCAUUGGAAACCUUCGGAACCACUCUUGCCAAGGAUCCAUUUGACAAACCAGGAAAGACAAGUGCUCCAGAUGUCACCGAUUGGGAUAAGGAUCACGUUGAUCUUGAAUGGAAACCACCAGCAAAUGAUGGAGGUGCUCCAAUCGAAGAAUAUGUCGUUGAAAUGAAGGACGAGUUCUCACCAUUCUGGAAUGAAGUCGCUCAUGUUCCAGCAUCGCAAACCAAUGCCACCGUUGGAAACCUUAAGGAAGGAUCCAAGUACGAGUUCAGAAUCCGUGCCAAGAACAAGGCUGGACUGGGAGAUCCGUCUGAUUCGGCUUCCGCCGUUGCCAAGGCUAGAAAUGUUCCACCAGUUAUCGACCGCAAUUCUAUCCAAGAAAUCAAAGUCAAGGCUGGUCAAGAUUUCUCGUUGAACAUUCCAGUCAGCGGAGAACCAACUCCAGUUAUUACCUGGACAUUUGAAGGAACCCCAGUUGAAUCUGAUGAUCGUAUGAAGUUGGCUAAUGAAGACGGAAGAACAAAAUUCCAUGUCAAAAGAGCUCUUCGCUCGGAUACUGGAACCUAUAUCAUCAAGGCUGAGAAUGAGAAUGGAACUGAUACUGCUGAAGUUAAAGUUACUGUUCUUGAUCAUCCAUCAAGCCCACGUGGACCACUCGACAUUACUAACAUUGUCAAAGAUGGUUGCGAUCUUGCAUGGAAGGAACCAGAAGAUGAUGGAGGUGCAGAGGUCAGUCACUACGUCAUCGAGAAGCAAGAUGCAGCAACUGGCAGAUGGACCGCUUGUGGAGAAAGUAAGGAUACCAACUUCCAUGUUGAUGAUCUCGUACAAGGACACGAAUACAAGUUCCGUGUCAAAGCAGUCAAUCGUCAUGGUGAUUCUGAUCCAUUGGAGGCUCGUGAAGCCAUCAUUGCUAAGGAUCCAUUCGAUCGUGCUGAUAAGCCAGGAACUCCAGAAAUUGUCGACUGGGAUAAGGAUCACGCAGAUCUCAAGUGGACACCACCUGCUGAUGACGGAGGUGCUCCAAUCGAAGGCUAUCUCGUUGAGAUGAGAACUCCAUCAGGAGACUGGGUUCCAGCUGUCAAGGUUGGAGCCGGAGAGCUCACUGCUACUGUUGAUGGAUUGAAACCAGGACAAACUUACCAAUUCCGCGUAAAGGCUUUGAACAAGGCUGGUGAAUCCACACCAUCUGAUCCAAGCAGAACUAUGGUUGCUAAGCCACGUCAUCUUGCACCAAAGAUCAACAGAGAUAUGUUCGUUGCUCAAAGAAUCAAGGCUGGACAAACUCUCAAUUUUGAUGUGAACGUCGAAGGAGAACCAGCUCCAAAGAUUGAAUGGUUCUUGAAUGGAACUCCACUUCCAUCUGGUGGAAAGACCCAUAUCGAUAAUAACACUGAUAAUAACACCAAGUUGACGACAAAGGGAACCGCUCGAGCUGAUAGUGGAAAGUACAAAAUUGUUGCCACCAACGAAAGUGGAAAGGAUGAACAUGAAGUCGAUGUCAACAUUCUCGACAUUCCUGGCGCUCCAGAAGGACCCCUUCGUCACAAGGACAUCACCAAGGAAAGUGUUGUAUUGAAAUGGGAUGAGCCAUUGGAUGAUGGAGGAUCUCCAAUUACCAACUACGUCGUUGAGAAACAAGAAGACGGAGGACGCUGGGUUCCAUGUGGAGAGACUUCAGACACUUCUCUCAAGGUCAACAAACUAUCAGAAGGACACGAAUACAAAUUCCGCGUCAAGGCAGUCAACCGUCAAGGAACAUCUGCUCCACUCACAUCUGAUCAUGCCAUCGUUGCCAAGAAUCCAUUCGAUGAGCCAGAUGCACCAACUGAUGUUACUCCAGUCGAUUGGGAUAAGGAUCAUGUUGAUCUCGAAUGGAAGCCACCAGCAAAUGAUGGAGGUGCUCCAAUUGAUGCAUACAUAGUUGAAAAGAAAGAUAAGUUCGGAGACUGGGUCGAAUGUGCUCGUGUCGAUGGAAAGACUACCAAGGCUACUGCUGACAAUUUGACUCCAGGAGAAACCUAUCAAUUCCGUGUGAAGGCUGUUAACAAGGCUGGACCAGGAAAACCAUCCGAUCCAACUGGAAACGUCGUUGCUAAGCCGAGAAGAAUGGCACCAAAACUCAAUCUUGCUGGACUUUUGGAUCUUCGUAUCAAGGCUGGAACACCAAUCAAACUUGAUAUCACAUUCGAAGGAGAACCAGCUCCAGUUGCCACGUGGAAAGCCAAUGACAAGACUGUCGAAGCCGGAGCUCGCGCUGAUGUGACCAACACCCCAACAUCCUCUGCUUUGAACGUUUUCUCUGCAGCUCGUGGAGAUACUGGAGUAUACAAGAUCAUUGUUGAAAACGAACAUGGAAAAGACACUGCUCAAUGCAAUGUUACAGUUCUUGAUGUACCUGGAACACCAGAAGGACCACUUAAAAUUGAUGAAGUUCACAAGGAAGGAUGUACUCUUAACUGGAAGCCACCAACUGAUAAUGGAGGAACUGAUAUUCUUCAUUAUAUUGUGGAGAAGAUGGAUACCACUCGUGGAACAUGGCAAGAGGUCGGAACAUUCCCGGAUUGCACUGCUAAGGUCAACAAGCUGGUUCCUGGCAAGGAAUACUCUUUCCGUGUGAAGGCUGUCAACUUGCAAGGAGAAUCCAAACCAUUGGAAGCCGAAGAACCAAUCAUUGCCAAGAAUCAAUUCGAUGUUCCUGAUCCAGUUGACAAACCAGAAGUCACUGACUGGGACAAGGACAGAAUUGAUAUCAAGUGGAAUCCAACAGCCAACAAUGGAGGAGCUCCAGUCACCGGAUACAUUGUGGAAAAGAAAGAAAAGGGAAGUGCCCUCUGGACUGAAGCUGGAAAGGCUGCUGGAACUACAUUCAGUGCUGACAAUCUCAAACAAGGAGUGGAAUACGAGUUCCGUGUCAUUGCUGUCAAUGCAGCUGGACCAUCUGAUCCAUCCGAACCAACUGAUCCGCAAAUUACAAAGGCUCGCUACUUGAAACCAAAGAUCCUGACCGCAAACAGAAAGAUCAAGAUCAAGGCUGGAUUCACUCACAACUUGGAAGUGGACUUUGUCGGAGCCCCAGAUCCAACUGCCACUUGGACUGUUGGUGAUGGAGCUGCGCUUGCUCCAGAACUCAUUGUGGAUGCCAAAACCAACACGACCUCAAUCUUCUUCCCAUCUGCCAAGAGAGCUGACAGUGGAAACUACAAAUUGAAGGUGAAGAACGAGUUGGGAGAGGACGAAGGAAUCUUCGAAGUCGUUGUUCAAGACAAACCAUCUCCACCAGAAGGACCACUUGAAGUUUCUGAUGUCACCAAGGAUAGCUGCGUUCUGAACUGGAAACCACCAAAGGAUGACGGUGGUGCUGAAAUCAGCAACUAUAUUGUCGAGAAGAGAGAUACUCGUACCAACACUUGGGUUCCAGUUUCUGCAUUUGUCACUGGAACUUCCAUUACUGUUCCAAAACUCACCGAGGGUCACGAGUACGAAUUCCGUGUUAUGGCUGAGAACGCUUUCGGAAGAUCUGAUUCAUUGAACACCGAUGAGCCAGUCCUUGCCAAGGAUCCAUUCGGAACACCAGGAAAGCCAGGAAAACCUGAGAUCGUUGAUACUGAUAAUGACCAUAUUGACAUCAAAUGGGAUCCACCAAGAGACAACGGUGGAUCACCAAUCGAUCAUUACGAUGUUGAAAGAAAAGAUGCAAAGACUGGAAGAUGGAUCAAGGUCAACACUUCACCAGUUCAAGGAAACGCCUUUUCGGAUACUCGUGUUCAAAAAGGUCAUACCUACGAAUACCGUGUCGUUGCUGUCAAUAAGGCUGGACCAGGAGCACCAUCAGAUCCAUCUGCUUCUGCUACUGCCAAACCGAUGCACGAAGCACCAAAGUUCGAUUUGGAUUUGGAUGGAAAGGAAUUCCGUGUGAAGGCUGGAGAACCAUUGGUUAUCACCAUCCCAUACACUGCUUCUCCUCAACCAGACAUCUCAUGGACCAAGGAAGGAGGAAAACCAUUGGCUGGUGUUGAGACUACUGACUCACAAACCAAAUUGGUUAUCCCAUCUACGAGAAGAACUGAUUCAGGACCAGUUAAGAUCAAGGCAGUCAAUCUUAUGGAGAAGCUGAAGCCAAUAUCAAGAUCACUCAGACACACCUGCACUCUCAACUGGGAUGCUCCAAAGGACGAUGGAGGUGCUGAAAUUGCUGGAUAUAAGAUCGAGUACCAAGAGAUUGGAUCUCAAAUCUGGGAUAAGGUUCCAGGACUCAUUUCUGGGACUUCAUACACCGUUCGUGGACUUGAACAUGGACAGCAAUAUCGUUUCAGAAUCCGUGCCGAGAAUGCAGUUGGUCUCUCCGAUUACUGUCAAGGAGUACCAGUUGUUAUCAAGGAUCCAUUCGAUCCACCAGGUGCUCCAAGCACUCCAGAAAUCACUGGAUACGAUACCAACCAAGUUUCAUUGUCUUGGAAUCCACCAAGAGAUGAUGGAGGCUCUCCAAUCAUUGGAUACGUUGUUGAACGAUUCGAAAAGAGAGGAGGAGGCGAUUGGGCUCCAGUCAAAAUGCCGAUGGUCAAGGGAACUGAAUGCAUCGUCCCCGGUCUUCAUGAAAACGAGACAUACCAAUUCCGUGUCCGCGCUGUGAAUGCUGCUGGUCAAGGAGAACCAAGUAACGGAUCUGAACCAGUGACUUGCCGUCCAUACGUCGAGAAGCCAGGCGCACCAGAUGCUCCAAGAGUUGGAAAGAUCACAAAGAACUCUGCUGAGCUCACAUGGAAUAGACCAUUGAGAGAUGGAGGUGCUCCAAUUGAUGGAUAUAUCAUUGAGAAGAAGAAGUUGGGAGAUAAUGACUGGACACGAUGCAAUGAUAAACCAGUUCGUGACACUGCCUUUGAAGUCAAGAAUCUUGGAGAAAAGGAGGAAUACGAAUUCCGUGUUAUCGCAGUCAACAGUGCUGGAGAAGGAGAGCCUUCGAAGCCUUCUGAUUUGGUUCUUAUCGAGGAACAACCAGGUCGCCCAAUCUUCGACAUCACCAACCUCAAGGAUAUCACCGUCCGUGCUGGAGAAACCAUUCAAAUCCGCAUUCCAUACGCUGGUGGAAAUCCAAAGCCAAUCAUUGACUUGUUCAAUGGAAACUCUCCAAUCUUUGAGAAUGAGAGAACUGUCGUCGAUGUGAAUCCAGGAGAAAUCGUGAUCACUACCACUGGAUCCAAGAGAUCUGAUGCUGGACCAUACAAAAUUUCGGCAACCAACAAGUACGGAAAAGACACAUGCAAACUCAACGUAUUUGUUCUUGAUGCACCAGGAAAACCAACUGGUCCAAUCCGUGCCACAUAUAUUCAAGCCGAAGCAAUGAGUCUUUCAUGUAGACCACCAAAGGAGCUGAGAUCACAAAUUACGUGUUCGAAAAGAGAACUCCGGGAGGGAGACUGGGUCACCGUCGGACAUCCAGUAGGAACCACUCUUCGUGUCCGUAACUUGGAUGCCAACACUCCAUACGAAUUCCGUGUUCGGGCUGAAAACCAAUACGGAGUCGGAGAACCACUCGAGACCGAUGACGCUAUUGUUGCCAAGAAUCCAUUCGACACUCCAGGAGCACCAGGACAACCAGAAGCCGUUGAGACCUCUGAAGAAGCUAUCACUCUUCAAUGGACUAGACCAACUUCUGAUGGAGGAGCUCCAAUUCAAGGAUACGUUAUCGAGAAGAGAGAAGCUGGAACCACUGAAUGGACAAAAGCUGCAUUUGGAAAUAUCCUUGACACUAAACACCGUGUCACUGGACUCACACCAAAGAAGACCUACGAGUUCAGAGUGGCUGCUUACAAUGCUGCCGGACAAGGAGAAUACAGUGCUAACUCUGUUCCAAUCACCGCUGACAACGCACCAACCAGACCAAAGAUCAACAUGGGAAUGCUCACCAGAGAUGUUUUGGCUUAUGCAGGAGAUCGUGCUAAAAUCUUGGUACCAUUCGCUGCUUCCCCAGCUCCAAAGGUUACUUUCUCAAAGGGAGAGAAGAAGAUCAGUGCAACAGAUCCAAGAAUCAAGGUGGAAUACAGUGACUUCUUGGCUACAUUGACUAUUGAAAAGUCUGAAUUGACUGAUGGAGGACUCUACUUUGUUGAACUUGAAAACAGCCAAGGAAGUGAUUCUGCCAGUAUCCGUCUGAAAGUUGUCGACAAACCAGCACCACCACAACACAUCAGAGUUGAGGAUAUUGCUCCAGAUUGUUGUACUCUCUACUGGAUGCCACCAUCAUCCGACGGAGGAUCUCCAAUUACCAACUACAUCGUCGAGAAGCUUGAUCUUCGUCAUUCUGAUGGAAAGUGGGAGAAGGUUUCUUCUUUCGUCCGCAAUUUGAACUACACUGUCGGAGGACUCAUCAAGGACAACAGAUACCGAUUCCGUAUCCGUGCUGAGACUCAAUAUGGAGUUUCUGAGCCAUGCGAACUUUCCGAGGUCGUCGUUACCAAGUACCAAUUCGAUGUGCCCAACCAACCAGAGGCUCCAACUGUCCGUGAUAAGGAUUCAACUUGGGCUGAAUUGGAAUGGGAUCCACCAAAGGAUGGAGGAUCGAAGGUUAUCGGAUACCAAGUGCAAUACAGAGAUACUUCUUCUGGAAGAUGGAUCAAUGCCAAAUCGGAUCUCGCCGAACAGUGCCAUACACGUGUUACCGGACUUCGUCAGAACGGAGAAUUCGAAUUCAGAAUCAUUGCCAAGAAUGCUGCUGGAUUCUCUAAACCAUCUCCACCGUCUGAAAGAUGCCAACUCAAAUCGAGAUAUGGACCACCAGGACCACCAAUUCAAGUUGGAGCCAAAUCUAUCGGACGCAAUCAUUGUACUAUCACUUGGAUGCCACCACUCGAAGACGGAGGAUCUAAGAUCACCGGAUACAAUGUUGAGAUGCGAGAGUAUGGAAGCACUUUGUGGACUGUCGUCAGUGAUUACAAUGUGCGCGAACCAGAAUUCACUGUUGAUAAGCUCAAGGAGUUCAACGACUACGAAUUCCGUGUUGUCGCCAUCAACGCAGCAGGAAAAGGAAUUCCAUCACUUCCAUCUGGACCAAUCAAGAUUCAAGAAUCCGGAGGAACCCGUCCUCAAAUUGUGGUCAAACCAGAAGACACUGCUCAACCAUACAACAGAAGAGCUGUAUUCGUCUGUGAAGCCGUCGGAAGACCUGAACCAACUGCAAGAUGGCUCAGAAACGGAAGAGAACUUCCAGAGAGCAGCAGAUACAGAUUUGAAUCAAGCGAUGGAGUAUACAAAUUCACCAUCAAGGAAGUCUGGGAUAUUGAUGCAGGAGAGUACACUGUUGAAGUGUUCAAUUCUUAUGGAAGCGACACUGCAACUGCAAAACUCAUUGUUCAAGCCCCACCAGUUAUUGAGAAGGACGUUCCAAAUACUAUCCUUCCAAGUGGAGAUCUUGUUCGUCUCAAGAUUUAUUUCUCUGGAACAGCACCAUUCCGUCAUAGUUUGGUAUUGAACAAAGAAGAAAUCGAUAUGGAUCACCCAACAAUCAGAACUGUCGAAUUCGAUGAUCAUAUUCUCAUCACCAUCCCAGCAUUGUCAGUCAGAGAAGCUGGAAGAUAUGAGUACACCGUCUCUAACGAUUCCGGAGAAGCGACUACUGGAUUCUGGCUCAAUGUCACUGGAUUGCCGGAAGCACCACAAGGUCCACUUCACAUCAGCAACAUUGGACCAAGCACAGCUACUUUGUCAUGGAGACCACCAGUCACCGAUGGAGGAUCGAAGAUCACCAGCUAUGUUGUUGAGAAAAGAGACUUAUCAAAGGAUGAAUGGGUUACUGUCACAUCGAAUGUCAAGGAUAUGAACUACAUUGUCACCGGAUUGUUCGAAAAUCACGAGUACGAAUUCCGAGUUUCCGCUCAGAACGAGAAUGGAAUCGGAGCUCCACUUGUCAGUGAGCAUCCAAUUGUUGCUCGUCUUCCAUUCGACCCACCAACGUCUCCAAUUAACUUGGAAAUUAUUCAAGUCGGAGGAGACUAUGUCACUCUCUCAUGGCAACGACCAUCAUCUGAUGGUGGAGGUCGUCUUCGUGGAUACAUCAUUGAAAAACAAGAGGAAGGACAUGACGAAUGGUUCAGAUGCAAUCAGAAUCCAUCUCCACAAAACACCUACAAUGUUCCAAAUCUCAUCGAUGGAAGAAAGUACAGAUACAGAGUGUUUGCCGCCAACGAUGCCGGACUUUCCGAUCCAACGGAACUUGAUCAAACUUUGUUCAAGGCUUCUGGAGCUGGGGAAGGACCGAAGAUUGUCAGUCCAUUAAGUGAUUUGAAUGAAGAAGUCGGUAGAAGUGUGACAUUCGAAUGUACUGUCAGUGGAAAUCCAAGACCAGAAUACAGAUGGUUCAAGGGAUGCAAGGAGCUCGUGGACACCAGCAAGUACACUCUUAUCAACAAGGGAGACAAGCAAGUUCUUAUCAUCAACGACUUGACUUCUGAUGAUGCCGACGAAUACACUUGUCGUGCCACAAACUCAUCGGGAACUCGUAGCACAAGAGCCAGCUUGAGAAUCAAGACCAAGCCACGUGUCUUCAUCCCACCAAAAUACCACGGAGGAUAUGAAGCACAAAAGGGAGAAACCGUUGAGUUGAAGAUUCCAUACAAAGCAUUCCCACAAGGAGAAGCUAGAUGGACCAAGGAUGGUGAGAAGAUUGAGAACAACAGCAAGUACAGUAUCACCACCGACGACAAGUUUGCCACAUUGAGAAUUUCCGAUGCCAGCCGUGAAGACUUCGGAGAGUACCGUGUCGUCGUUGAGAACUCUGUUGGAUCUGAUUCUGGAAUCGUUAAUGUCACCGUUGCCGAUGUUCCUGAACCACCAAGAUUCCCAAUCAUUGAGAAUAUCCUUGAUGAAGCUGUCAUCUUGUCUUGGAAACCACCAGCACUCGACGGAGGAUCAUUGGUUACCAACUACACCAUUGAGAAGAGAGAAGCUAUGGGAGGAUCAUGGGCCCCAUGUGCCAAGAGUAGAUACACCUACACUACUGUUGAAGGACUUCGUGCUGGAAAGCAGUAUGAGUUCAGAAUAACUGCCGAGAACAAACAUGGACCAUCGAAACCAUGUGAGCCAACUGCGCCAGUCACCAUUCCAGGAGACGAAAGAAAGAGAAGACGUGGAUAUGAUGUGGAUGAGCAAGGAAAAAUUGUUCGUGGAAAGGGAGCUAUCUCUUCUAACUACGACAACUACGUCUUUGAUAUCUGGAAGCAAUACUACCCUCAACCAGUUGAAAUCAAACACGAUCAUGUUCUUGAUCACUACGAUAUCCAUGAGGAACUUGGAACAGGAGCCUUUGGAGUUGUUCACAGAGUCACAGAAAGAGCAACCGGAAAUAACUUUGCCGCGAAAUUCGUGAUGACUCCACAUGAAGCUGAUAAGGAAACAGUCAGGAAAGAGAUCCAAACAAUGUCUGUUUUGAGACACCCAACACUUGUAAACCUUCAUGAUGCCUUCGAAGAUGACAACGAAAUGGUUAUGAUUUACGAAUUCAUGAGUGGAGGAGAACUUUUCGAGAAGGUCGCCGAUGAACACAACCGAAUGAGUGAAGAUGAAGCAGUCGAGUAUAUGAGACAAGUGUGCAAAGCCUUGUGUCAUAUGCAUGAGAACAACUAUGUGCAUUUGGAUUUGAAGCCAGAAAAUAUCAUGUUCACAACCAAGAGAAGCAAUGAAUUGAAACUGAUUGACUUUGGACUUACCGCCCAUCUCGAUCCAAAACAAUCUGUGAAAGUCACCACCGGAACAGCCGAAUUCGCCGCUCCAGAAGUUGCCGAGGGCAAGCCAGUCGGAUAUUAUACCGAUAUGUGGAGCGUCGGAGUCCUCUCUUACAUUCUUCUAUCCGGACUCUCGCCGUUUGGAGGAGAGAACGAUGAUGACACACUGAGGAAUGUCAAGGUAAUUGUUUUUGGUCUUACAUCUUCUUUUUUAACUAUUUCUAAUUUUCAGAGUUGUGACUGGAACAUGGAUGAUUCUGCAUUCUCCAGCAUUUCUGAAGACGGAAAGGACUUCAUCAGAAAGCUUCUUCUUGCUGAUCCAAACUCCAGAAUGACCAUUCAUCAAGCUUUGGAGCAUCCAUGGCUCUCUCCAGGAAGCGUUCCAGGACGUGAUUCCCAGAUUCCAAGCAGCAGAUACACCAAGAUUCGUGAUUCAAUCAAAUCGAAAUAUGAUGCUUGGCCAGAACCACUUCCACCACUUGGAAGAAUUUCCAACUAUUCUUCAUUAAGAAAGCACAGACCCCAAGAGUAUUCAAUCCGUGACGCCUUCUGGGAUAGAUCUGAAGCUCAGCCAAGAUUCAUUGUCAAGCCAUAUGGAACCGAAGUCGCCGAAGGACAAUCUGCCAACUUCUACUGCAGAGUUAUCGCCUCAUCUCCACCAGUUGUGACGUGGCAUAAGGAUGACAGAGAGUUGAAACAGAGUGUGAAGUACAUGAAGAGAUACAAUGGAAAUGAUUAUGGAUUGACAAUCAAUAGAGUUAAGGGAGAUGAUAAGGGAGAAUACACCGUUCGUGCUAAGAAUUCUUAUGGUGCAAAGGAGGAAAUCGUGUUCUUGAAUGUCACUCGUCAAUCAGCACCACUCAAAUUCGAGCCAUUAGAACCAAUGAAGAGAGCACCAAGUCCACCAAAGGUUGAGGAGUUCAAGGAGAGAAGAUCUGCUCCAAAGUUCACAUUCCAUCUGAGAAACCGUUUGAUCCAAAAGAACCAUCAAUGCAAAUUGACAUGCUCGUUGCAAGGAAAUCCAAAUCCAACGAUUGAAUGGAUGAAGAAUGGACAUCCAGUGGAUGAAGACCGUGUGCAAGUGUCCUUCAGAAGUGGUGUAUGCUCUCUUGAAAUCUUCAAUGCACGUGUCGACGACGCUGGAACCUACACCGUCACUGCUACCAACGAUCUUGGAAUGGAUGUUUCUGAAUGUGUUCUGACUGUUCAAACUAAAGGCGGAGAACCAAUUCCACGUGUUUCUUCGUUCAGACCAAGACGAGCUUAUGAUACCCUGUCUACUGGAACCGAUGUUGAAAGAUCCCAUUCCUAUGCGGAUAUGAGAAGAAGAUCCCUCAUCCGUGACGUAUCACCAGAUGUCAGAUCAGCUGCUGAUGACCUCAAAACAAAGAUUACCAAUGAACUUCCAUCAUUCACUCUUCAACUUUCCGAUGCUGAAACCGACGUCGGAGAAUCAGUUGAAUUCUCUGCCCAAGUCACCGGACAACCAGAACCACUCAUUGAAUGGCUUCAUAACGGAGAACGAAUUUCCGAUUCUGAUUCCCGAUAUCGAUCCUCGUUUGUUGGUGGAAAAGCCACGUUGAGAGUCAGUGACAUAAAAAAAUCAGACGAAGGACAAUAUCUCUGCCGUGCUUCAAACUCUGCUGGACAAGAACAAACAAGAGCAACUUUGACAGUAAAAGGAGAGCAACCACUUGUAAAUGGACAUGUUGAAACAGCUGAAAACCAACUUCGUGUCGCAAAACAUUUGGCAGGAGAAGUUGUGAAAACUGGAGAAGCCGUUACUUUUGAAGCCAGAAUUGAAGGAACUCCAGAUGAAAUUUUAUGGAUGAGAAAUGGACAAGAGUUAACCGAUGGAGAGAAGACCAGCAUUUCUCAAAACGGCGAUACCCUUCUGUUGACUGUGAACUCAGCUGAAGCAUCUGAUGCUGGACACUACCAACUGGAAGUUCGAUCGAAGGGAACCAACAUUGUUUCUGUAGCUUCUUUGGUUGUCGUUGGAGAAAAAGCCGAUCCACCAGUCACCCGACUACCAUCAUCUGUCUCUGCUCCACUCGGUGGAUCCACUUCCUUCUCAAUUGAUUUUGAAAAUGUUGAAGGUCUCACAGUACAGUGGUUCCGUGGAUCGGAAAAAAUCGAAAAGAACGAACGGGUCAAAUCUGUCAAGUCCGGAAAUACCUUCAAGCUUGACAUUAAGAACGUCGAGCAGGACGACGACGGAAUUUAUGUAGCCAAAGUGGUGAGAGAGAAGAAGGCAAUUGCAAAGUAUGCGGCAGCUCUUCUUCUGAUUUAA